CUUAUGCGUCACUUCAUCUCUCCGUCGGUCGGUCGCCGGUCAUGGCGGAGCUACAGCCACAGCGAGAAGUGGAGCCGCAACUUCUCAACGGGGACGGGGACCUGAACGAGGAGAGGGAAGAUGCGGAUGCGUCGGAGUCAGUGAAGAGAAAGAGGAGGAAGAAGAAGAGGAGCAGGACCACUGCAGCAGCAGGGACAAAUGAGGCUGAGGGGGAUGGAGGAGCCCGAUGUGUUGGUGAUGUGGCGAAACAGUUGGAGCUGCAGAUGCUGGAGGACAAAGAGCGAGAGGAGGAUGGAGAAGAAGAUGGGGAUGAGGGAGAGAACUCGGCCGGGAAGAAGAAGAAGAAGAAGAAAAAGAAGAAAGGAUUGAAGGGACAGACUGACCCUCCCUCAGUCCCCAUUUGCGAGCUGUAUCCCAACGGAGACUUUCCAAAGGGAGAGGAGUGUGAAUACCCCCCCUCAAAAGACGGGCGCAGUGCAGCAUGGCGGACCACCAGCGAGGAGAAGCGGGCGCUGGACAGGGCCAACGAGGAGAUGUGGAGUGAUUUCAGGCAGGCGGCCGAGGCGCACCGACAGGUCCGCUCUUACGUCAGGAGCUGGAUCAAACCAGGGAUGGCCAUGAUUGACAUCUGUGAGAAGCUGGAGGACUGCUCCAGGAGGCUCAUUAAAGAAAACGGGCUGGAGGCCGGUCUGGCCUUCCCCACCGGCUGCUCCAUCAACCACUGCGCUGCCCACUACACCCCAAACGCAGGAGACCCCACCGUGCUGCGCUACGACGACGUCUGCAAAAUUGACUUUGGAACACACAUCAACGGUCGGAUAAUAGAUUGUGCCUUCACCGUCACAUUCAAUCCAAAGUAUGACCGGCUGCUGGAGGCUGUGAGAGAUGCAACAGACACUGGCAUCAGGUUUGCAGGAAUCGACGUGCGCUUGUGUGACGUCGGUGAGACGAUCCAGGAGGUCAUGGAGUCUUAUGAAGUGGAGAUAGAUGGGAAAACAUAUCAAGUGAAGCCAAUCAGGAAUCUCAACGGCCACUCCAUCGGACAGUACAGGAUACACUCAGGGAAGACAGUCCCCAUUGUUAAAGGUGGAGAGGCCACGAGGAUGGAGGAAGGUGAAGCAUACGCCAUUGAGACAUUUGGCAGCACGGGAAGAGGUGCAGUCCACGAUGACAUGGAGUGCUCACAUUACAUGAAGAACUUCAAUGUCGGACACGUGCCAAUAAGACUCCCGAGGGCUAAACAUCUGCUGAACGUGAUCAAUGAGAACUUUUGCACCUUGGCGUUCUGCCGCCGCUGGCUGGACCGCCUGGGCGAGAGCAAGUACCUGAUGGCAUUGAAGAAUCUGUGCGACCUUGGCAUCGUAGACCCGUACCCGCCCCUCUGCGACAUCAAGGGCAGCUACACCGCCCAGUACGAGCACACCAUCCUACUCAGGCCCAUCUGCAAGGAGGUUGUGAGCCGGGGAGAGGACUACUAGAACGGCAUGACAGCUCAAAGACAACAAACCUCUUCAGACUGACAGCAAUUAUGCAAUAUUUCUCUGAACUAAAUUUCCACUGCUAGAGAACCUUUAGGUAAAUGUUAGCAAGAGCAACAGACUUGUGUCAUGGCAGCAGCUUACUAGUAUUUUGUUUUUCCAAACUAUUAAGCCAGUAGACAAAAGGACAUAUCUUUAAGAAAUGUAGUGUUGUCAUUUAAGUUACAUGUUGAUGUGCUGCUUUUAGCAAAUAUGCAAAAUAUAUAAAUAUAUGCAAGAGAAUCAUGCAAAAAGAUUUUGGUGAACACUUUACCCAGAAUGCUGUGCUUCAUUCCUGUAUAGAAAUAAUUAUAUUUCUAUAUUUCUUUGCUCUAUUACUAAUU